AUGGCCUUGCUCAGCUGGGCUGCAAACCUCAGCGUGCUGACUAAACUCCAAAGCAGCUGGGCCGCUCGGGAGGCCACCUGGUUGGCGUGCUGCGCCGUGCAGGUGCAGACGCCGGGCCCAGCAGUGGGCUCAGUGGCCAUCUCGGGGUCAGCGGAGGGCGACGCCGCGCCUGAGGCCGCCUCUUCGCCCUGCUCGGCCUCGGGGGGCCUCGGCGAGGCCGCGAGCGAGGGCGGUCCAGCCAACACCACCAGCCUCCGUGAGCUUGAAGGGUAUUAUUGCUAUCCAAAACAAAGAGUGGAAGAUGUCCGGCUUAUCCGAGAACAACAUCCUACUAAAAUCCCGGUGAUAAUAGAGAGAUACAAGGGCGAGAAACAGCUUCCUGUGCUGGAUAAAACCAAGUUCCUCGUCCCCGAUCACGUCAACAUGAGCGAGCUCAUCAAAAUCAUACGAAGGCGCCUGCAGCUGAACGCCAACCAGGCCUUCUUCCUGCUGGUCAGCGGCCACAGCAUGGUGAGCGUGUCCACGCCCAUUUCCGAGGUGUAUGAGAGUGAGCGGGAUGAGGACGGCUUCCUGUACAUGGUCUACGCCUCCCAGGAGACGUUUGGCAUGAAGCCGGCCGCCUAAGACCGGCCAAACCAUGUCCAGAAUUGUCACCCCUUACUAAGGGGCGGGGAAGAAAAGGGAUGUUAGCGCGGGGUCGAUGGGUCAGCGCCUCUAGCACAGGCCCUCACCGCUGCAGCGCCCGCCCACGGGGCUUGUCCGUGUUUCCCUGCGCAGUGCGCGCCCCAGCUUCAGCAAACUAUUGUUAUUUAACCCAGAUGUUAGGUUUACAAAUAAAGUGCUUUGCAUUUUAAGUUGCCAAUAAAAUAGACAUUGGAGUUA